AUGUCCUCAAAAACCCACAUCGCGCAAGCCCUCCUGGCGCGCGCGCACUCCCCCGACACAGCGGAAACCCUCUUCACAGAACGCAUCAAACAAAAACCGCUCUACCUCCGUCCAACAUCCCCUACACCGGCCGACAACCGCUCUCGCCGGCGCCUCCACCGCCUCCGCAAGAAAGAAUACUUCAUCCGCCAUCAGAAACCGAAGCCGCUUUCCGCGCGCGAGAAACGCGAGUCGGGGGUAUACAAGUUGCUGAAGGAGGAGUGCAAAUAUGAGAUCUUCAAAGGCCUGAAUCAGAUGUGGGUGGCGUAUAUGCUGGAAAUACUGGAUUUGGGACCUGGGGGUGGUGGGUGGAGGGUGCAGCAGCAGCAGCAGCAGCAGCAGGAAAAGAGGCAGGAGAACGGGCAGGAGAAGCCGCGGAAGCUGGUGUCGGCCCUUGCGCACGGGAGUAAACUUGUCAGUGCGGACUUCCACGGCGCGGAGAUGGAGGUCGUUAGGAGUCGGUGUCCCGGGAGAGUUGGGCUGAAGGGGAUAGUGGUUCGAGAUACGAAGUUCACGUUUGUGGUUGUUACGGAGAAGGAUGAGAUGAAAACUAUUCCUAAGGAGCAGACUGUUUUUCGGUUCUGUGUACCGUUGCCUGAUACCAAGGGCGCAGCGGAAAAGCCGAGCUCUGAAGAGGAUGGCGAGGGAGACGAAGAAAGCAGGAACCUGGUCUUCGAGCUUCAUGGCAGCCAGUUCCAAAAUCGGCCCGUGGACAGAGCCAACAAGAAGUUCAAGUGGCGCAAUGUGGACUAUCUCUGA